AUGUCCAUCCUGAUCCCCUUAUACGUCUACCCAUGGCCGGGAGUCUGGGAUCCUUUAUACUGGGCCGCCGGCAACAACACCAACCUGCACUUCACCGCCAUCCUCAACCCCUGCAGCGGCCCCUGCCUGCCCGCCUCGCAAAUCGAGCCCGCCUACCUCGCCGAAAUCCCAAAACUCACCUCAUACCCCAACAUCCGCACCCUCGGCUACGUCGCCACCAACUACACCAACAAGCCCAUCGAGGACGUCAUGGGCGAGAUUCGCACGUACGCCGACUGGCCGCGGACGCUGGGCGAUGAGAGAGUGGGUGUCGAUGGGAUUUUCUUUGAUGAGACGCCCGCUGUGUAUGAUUGGCGGUGGGAGGAGUAUUUGAAGGUCGCGGGGGAGGAGGUUAGGGCGAAUAAGGGGUUGGGGGAGGGUGUGGUCGUCCACAACCCAGGCAACCUCCCCUACCAAACCUGGAACUACCUCGCCCACGCCAACAUCACCGUCAUCUUCGAAGACACCUUCGCCAACUUCAUCACCUCGAAGAACUUCUACGCACUGAAAUCCCUCGAGACCACGUACGGCCUGCCCAAGGACCGCUUCUCCAUCAUGCUGCACUCGAUCCCCGAUGUCCCCGACGAGCUGGUCGUGUGGAUGGUCCAGCAGAUGAAGCAGAUGGUGGGGUGGGGGUUCGCGAGCAGUGUCGGCGUCAAGGGCGAGUAUUGGCAUAGUUUUAGCCCCGUGUUUGAACGGUUUGUGAGUUUGUGGGCGUGGGGUUAG